CUCCAGUUGCUUCCUCCUGCACGCCGUCGCUUGCCAGCUUGAAAUUCAAGACUGCUUUGGCUAAUUAACCGGCAGCAUGAGCACCCUCAGGCACAACACUGUCGACCGGCUGGAUCGGCCUAGUGCCUACUAUCAGGGAAAGAACAAGAGACGCAAGUAUAGCCAGGAUGACACUGAGAAGGCAGAAGAGCCUGUUGAUCAUCUGAAAAAUGCUACCACACUAUAUGUUGGCAACCUUUCUUUCUAUACCACAGAGGAGCAGAUUCACGAGCUUUUUGCCAAGUGCGGCGAGAUUAAGCGGCUGGUGAUGGGUCUCGACCGGUACAACAAGACCCCUUGCGGAUUUUGCUUCGUCGAAUACUACACCCACCAGGAUGCUCUGGACUGUCUCAAAUACAUUGGAGGUACUAAGCUGGACGAGCGAAUCAUCCGGACGGAUUUGGACCCUGGUUUUGAGGAGGGACGGCAAUAUGGGCGUGGUAAGUCGGGUGGCCAGGUCCGUGAUGAGUACAGAGAGGAGUAUGAUCCCGGUCGGGGUGGUUACGGUCGCGCAUAUGCCGACGAUCAGCGACGACGGGAGGAAGAAGAGUACGGCAAGGGUAGGUAAACAGAGGGGAAUAAUUCAGGUUGGCGCAAAAGCGGCGUUUAUGUACAAUCUAUUUCUAUCACCUGCUAGAAGGCAUCCCAAGAAAGAAAAUUUACAUCCG